AUUCCUUACAUUCUCCUCCUCUCCUUCCAGCAGCAGAGAAAUUUCAUUUUUGUUUUUUUUAGUAACUCAUCCAUUUUCUUUAUAGCAACUUCUAGUUGCUAAUUAAUUUAAGUAAAAGGUUGGAUAAGCACCAAAGCCACUAGCUAGCUACAAGUAUGGCAGAAACAAGAAGCUCUGGGCACCAUUUAGACCUCGAGUCUCAGCAGGCGAUGUUGCUCAUAACAGGUACUAACCCGCCACGAGUCGACCACUGGCGCUGGAUUUUUGUGAUCCUCCAAGUCCGGAAACUCCUCAUCUCAUCCAGAGCCAAUCGAGCUAACAAGGCUUCUCCACAAUCUCUUCCUUACACAGUUAUCAGCACUGUUGCUGCAGGAGAUACACCAGACUUGGAACUCACAGGGACUACAGAAAUUUCACCUGCCCCACCUCAAGUUUCUGAAGAUGUCCAUUUGAGCAGGGAUAGUACUGCAAGUGAUGCUGAACUCCAGCAUGCAAAUGUUGCCAAGAUAGUGAAGGACAAGGAUUUUGUUUCCUUGCAGAAGUUUGGAGGCACCCGAGGGAUUGCAGAGGCACUCAACACAGAUUUACGAAAAGGAAUUCCAGGCGAUCAAAAAGAUAUUUCUCGUCGACGCAUAGUCAAUGCACUCUCGACUACACAGACUCCUGCUCCAAGCUUCUUCAAACUUCUCCUUCAAUCGUGCAACAAUUACACCAUUGUCCUUCUCUUUGUGUCUGGCUUGCUGUCAAUUGUGUUUGGCAUCAAGGUGGAAGGCCUAAGGACCGGUUGGUAUGAAGGGGCCAUCAUAAUGUUUGCCAUCCUCAUACUUGUGGUUGCUCCUUCCAUACGUGACUUCUGGCUUGAAAACUCACACAACCAUAAUGCAGUGAUACAGACUGCAGGGAUGAGUAAAAAUGUAGUUGAGGCCGUCAGAGGGGGUUGUCCGUGUGAAUUUUCUGUAUCUGAUGUUGUGCCAGGUGACUUAGUGUGUUUGAAACGGGGAUCUGUGGUUCCUGCUGACGGUUUGUUUGUUUCUGGUGAGUUCUUAGUAUUGGAUGAUGGUAUGGAGACAACCAUCGAUGACAAGAAACCAUUUAUGUUCUAUGGUGCAAAGGUGGUUAGUGGAAAUGGUCUCAUGCUAGUUACCUCUGUGGGCAUAGACACGGCAUUGGGUGAGCUGAUGAACCGAGUAGCACAUACUCCUAACCGUGCCCAAUUACCAGCUCAACUUGACAAGAUGAACACACGCACCCAAAUUGCGGGGCUCUCAAUCUCUAUUCUCCUCCUUGUAGUGUUGUUCUUUCGUUUCUCGCUUGAAAAGAAAGAUUACGACUCUGGCCUGCCAGAGCUUAAGGGGAAACCAGCUGCAAGUAAGGAAAUAAUGAAUGUGAUGGGGAAAAUUGUCAUGAAACCAAGUGGACAGAUUAGCAUCUUAACAACAGCUCUGGCCAUCUUGCUUGUAGGAGUAGUGGAAGGGAUACCUCUUUUUGUUACACUUGCCAUAACCUAUUGGAAUAAGAAGACACUGUCUGGCAAGGCCACUGCUCAAGGAAUUUUGGCUUGUGUCAACAUGGGCUCUGUCACAACCAUUUGCACGGACAAAACUGGUGUGCUGACUUUGAACUCGCCGGAAGUCGACGUGUGCUAUAUUGGGAACGAAGUCAUAGAAAAGGACUGUGUCACCAGAAUAGACACACGUGUUCGUGAAGCUUUGUGCAAUGGAAUCUGCACACCACUUUUGAAGCAGUCAAGCUCUUGCAGCUCAUCAGAGGACCCGCUCCUUCCAUGGGCUGCCAAUUUGGGGAUGGAAAUUGAGAUUUUGAGGCAGACCCACACCAUCCUUGAUUCCAAGGAGUUGAGAACCAACGAGGAAGGCAGUGGAGUACUGAUGAAAAAAUCCAGUGACAAUGAAGGAGAUAUGUGCUUGCAUUGGAAAGGACCUGCAAAAACAAUAUUAGGCAUGUGCUCGCACUACACUGACAGCAGAGGGACAACAAAGGUCAUCGAUGAACAACGUAAACUGGCUUUUAACCAGAUUGCAGAGCACAUGCAGUCCAAACAUCUAAAGACCAUUGCAUUUGCUUACAAGCAGACUGAUGUUGCAGUGCUUGAAGAAAACAGCUUAAUCUUAAUAGGACUACUAGGUGUGAAGUAUACAUGUUGCGUAGAUAUAAUGGAAGUAGUGACAGCUUGUCAAGAAGCAGGAGUGAACAUCAUAUUGGUGUCAGAAGAAAAGGUGUCAAAGCUGGAAGACAUUGCUGUUGCAUGUGGAAUACUUGCCAACACUAACAGGUUGGUGCUUGAAGGCGAAAGGUUUCGAAAUAGUAGUGCAGAAGAAAGGAUGGACAUGGUAGAUAAAAUCUGCGUAAUGGGAAACUCCAUUCCUUCAGACAGGCUCCUUUUGGUGCAAUGCCUGAAAAAAAAAGACCACGUUGUGGCGAUGGUUGGAGUCAGAACAAAUGAGACUCCAACUCUUAAAGAAGCUGAUGUGGGGGUUGCAAUGGGGACUUGGAGUAGUGAAAUGGCAAGAGAAAGUUCUGACAUCAUCAUCUGGGAUAGAAAUUUUAGUUUCUUGGUCCCCAUUAUAAGGUGCGGCAGAUGCAUUUACUACAACAUUCAAAAGUACAUCCAACUUGAGCUCACCAUGAAUAUAGCAUGGCUGCUGAUAACAGCCACUACCACAAUGGCUUGUGGAGAUAGUGCAAUUACAGCAAUUCAGUUAUUCUGGGCAAACAUGGUUGUGACUCUUCUAGGUGGGCUUGCUCUACUGAUGGAGCUGCCGACAAAGGAACUAAUGGAGAAGCCACCGGCCAGACGAACUGACUGGCUCAUUAGCAAGGCAAUGUGGAGAAACAUUGUCAGUCAAGCCUUAUAUCAGACUGCCAUCUUGGUCAGCUUUCAACUGAAAGGGCAAACCGUCCCGGGCAUCAGCAAGAAGGUUAGCGAGUCCAUUGUUUUCAACAGUUUUGUUCUGUGUCAGGUAUUCAAUCAAGUCAAUUCAAGGGAGCUAGAGAAGAAGAACGUGUUCAGGGGCAUACUUCACAAUCAGUGGUUCUGGGGGUCUGUGGGUGGCACUCUCGUCCUGCAGGUGGCUUUUAUUGAGAUCUCACAUAUUCUUGUUGGCAAUGCAAGGUUGAAUUGGGCACAGUGGGGUGUGUGUCUAUUAAUUGGGAUGGUUUCAUGGGAAAUUGAUUUGGUUGUGAAGUGUGUAUCGGGCGUUGUCAUGAAUGGAACAUUCAGCUCUCAUGUUGGAUGUAUUAAUAAUAGUAUGACACCCUCUGCUGUCUCAGGUUCUGCAUCUAAUCUUGAGCUCCCACUCAUUGAUGGAAACUCCACAAGAUCCCAUGAUCCUAUGAUCCCAUCUUAGUUUUUGUAUCAAAAUUUUCAGUGUCAUGUUCUACUUGUUGGAAGAUAUUGAGUGAAUCCUUGUGAAUGCUUCCUAGUUAGUUUGUAUAUUCAGUCUUGCAUACAUUAAUUCCUCCAAGAUGGAGAAGAAUAGAAUACAGAAAGUUUUCCUUGAA